UGUCGUUUUGUGUCGCGCUUUAUCUCGGCGUUCUUUCCAUUUUUUUUCUUCACCCCCACGAAAAGAAUUUGUGUUGUUUGGAAUUAAGCGUGCUAGAGCGAUCCUUUUGAGAGUUGUUGCAUAUUAAGGAACAACGUAAGGACAACAGCAACCUGCCAACUGUGAAAUGCAAUGUAAAUAAACACAAGAUACAGCGCCAAGAUACACCCCGACUAAGGCACAUUCCACACACCAGAGAACAGACAACCAAUGACUGAAGUCGAUGUCGUCUUGCCGGAGGGCGUGGCCGAGCCCACCACAAAGCUUGCCAGCGCAUCAAGUCCGACCAGAGCCAAGGCCGACAGUGAAGAGAGCUCCACAGAGGCGGUAGAACUGGCCGACGAUGAGGAGAAGGCGGAGUCGGAGCCAGAGCCAGAGCCGGAGGCUGAACCAGAGCCGGCUGACGAGGAGGCGGAGGUGUCUUCCGGUGACAAGGAGAUCACAAAAGAGGAUGUUGCGGAGGCCUCCCCCAAGGCGCCAGCUCCAGAGGAAUUGAUGGAUGUGGAUGAAACGGAGACCGUGACAGAGGAAGAAGAUGGCGAGGACUCACAGAUCACAAGCAGCAGUUCCAAGGAGCCCAAGCUGCCGGAGGGUGAGGAAGAGAUGGACACAGCGGAGGAGGAGGCAACCACCAACGGAGAUCAUGAGCCAGAGGCUGAGGACGCUGAAGAAGAUGAUGUGGAGAAGAUCGGCAGCACAGCAGAGAACAGCUGCGAGGCCGAAGAUCCACUGGGAGCAGCCACCACACAGCCCGACACAGAGGAGGAGGAGGCAUCUAGCGAAAAGAAAACAGAGCUGGCUGAGGACUUAGACGGGGAGGAGAGCAGUCAGCCAAGUGAGACGAUCAAGUCAGCCAGCGAGUCAGACGAUGACGAAGAGGAGGAGAGCAGCGGGGAGAAGAAAGAGACCCUCAACGGUUUUGUGGCAAGUCCACAGAGUCCCGCGGAGAAGUCCACCACACAAAAGGAAAACGGGCAGGCCAGCACAGCGGAGGCUAAGGCAGCCGCCAGCAACCACGAUAUGGGUGUUGUUAAUCUGGAUGAGGACAGCGACGAGGAAAUGGAAGAUAUGUUAGAUCUCAAGGAGCAGCCUGCUAAGCCAGCUUGCACCGAGAUCGCAGUGCAGCCGCCCGUUGCCUCUAGUGGUGCUGAGUCUUCAGAUGAUGCUGUGCUGAUACCCUCCGACUCUGAUUCCGAGGCCGCAGCACCGCCGGCACCCAUCAAGAAGAGUCCAGUGGCAGCUGUGGCACCCAAGCCGGCGCCACCGCCUCCGCCACCCGUGAUGGAUGACGAUGAUGACGACGACGACUGUGUGGUCAUAGAGGACGAUACGCCGCCAAGUAUUUCGAUCAGCGGGCUGGCUGGCAAGCGCAAGAGCGACCACCUGGACGACAUGCACCAGCAGCCGAGCAACAAGAGGCAACGGAGUAGCACGCCUCUGGGCCUGGGCCAGCUGACCAUAAAGGAUGCCCGCUCGCUGAUGCCACACGAAGCUUCUACGGGGUCCGUGGGACCCAGGGACUCAAUCUAUCCAGUGACCAUAACCAAUGCGGUGACUGGGGCGGCCACUAAUCUCGGCGUGACGCCUCCCAAGCUGGUGCCCAUGUCGGGGAACAACGCGGCCCAGUUGAAUCCCCCGACCUUGUCCCUCACGGGCCUGCCCAGCAUGACCAACAAUGCCAAUCUCCUGCCAGGACUCACAGACGACAUGUUCGUCCUCGAGGCGCCUUCGUUCAUUGUGCCCUACAUCUACGAGAAGCCGCCCCAGGAGAACAUUCGCGAGGUGAUCAGGUCCAUUGAGACGACGUACGCCUUGUCGCCGGAAGAUCUCGCCGAGGCGGUUAAGGGCGACGAAUUCGAUAUGAUGACCGAGCAGAACAAGGAGGUCAAGCCAGCGGACCCAUCCGCCGAGGGCAAGAAGAAAAAGAAGCGAGCAGAUGAUGAAUCGUGGUCGGAGCAGUCGGAGGAUGACGAUGAUGACGAAGACGACGACGACUCGGAGUCUGGGGUGCGCACCAAGGUGCUAAUCAAGGAGGCCAACGAUGAUCUGACUGCCCUCAAGGGAGCCAUCAAGCCAGCCGCAGCACUGGCGGCCACCGGGGGAGUGGUGCCGGCCAACAAUCCGGCAAACAGCGGCAAACCCGGCCAGGAGAACUACUUUGAGAGUCCGCUCGGAAAGUUCUUCAUGGACAUUGGCGUGGGUCUCGUGCAGGAGUAUGUCCAGGCGGAUCUGUUGCGCCUCCAGAAGCGCAAAAUGCGCAAAUCCUUGACGCGCGAUCCCAAGGACUUUGAGAUGGCAAUCACCGCGCUGUCGGGCAACCUGCAGGCCUCCAAGACGAAAAACGCCCCCUUCAAGUUCACGAUGAAACGCUGCGAGUUCUGCAACUUCAAGUCGGAGUCGGCUCUGUCCAUGGCCAACCACUACGAGACGCCGCACAUGAACGGCGUCCUGUACAAAUGCAAUUUCUGCACCUUCGAGAUCCGAAAUGCCACCGAAAUUGUCUACCACAUGGAGGCCGUGCACAAUAUCAAGGCGCGUCUGAUCAAGCCACUGCCCUACCAUCAGUGUCCCAACUGUGGUUUCGAGGACAAUGGCAAGGCCAAGCUGGCGCGCCAUCAGCCGGUGUGCGCCAAGAAGUUCCGACCGGAACUGAAUCUGGCGCCCCCCAACGACUGGGAGGCACCCGCCAAGAUACCACGCAUCAAGCCCAGGCAUGGGCUUGUGGGCACAGCCACCGCAUAUCAGGCCAUGGCUGCCCAGGCAGCGGCGCAAAAGGCUGCUUUGGCCACCAUUCAACAGCAGCAGGCCCAGGCUCAGGCCAGGAAUCUGCAGGCAGCAGCCCUCGCCGCCCAGAAUGCGGCCAAGAUGCGACAACGUGCACCGCCGCCGCCUAAGCCCAAUUUGGUGCGGAGUCCUCAGACGCCAGUGCGCGGAGCUGUGGCCAAUACAGGACUCUCCGCAAUGCCCAAUAGCUAUCAGCUGGCCGCAGGACAGCUUGUGCAGCAGGCAUCCAAGAAGCCAAUGGCAGGGCAGCCCAGCAUUUCCAUAACGCCAUUACCUCGCCAAAGUGCGCUCGUCGGUGGUGCGUCCCCCUCGUCCAGCAAGGUGCCGCAAGCGGCAGUUGGCCUGAAGCCCGGCCAGACACCCACAGGCAACAACAAGGCUCAGUUCGUUAUCUGCGAGAUAUGCGAUGGCUACAUCAAGGAUCUGGAACAGCUGCGUAAUCACAUGCAGUGGAUGCACAAAGUGAAGAUACAUCCCAAGAUGAUCUACAACCGACCGCCACUGAAUUGCCAAAAGUGUCAGUUCCGUUUCUUUACGGAUCAGGGAUUGGAGAGGCAUUUGCUGGGCUCCCAUGGCUUGGUCACGAGCUCCAUGCAGGAGGCGGCCAACAAGGGCAAAGAUGCCGGUCGCUGUCCCGUUUGUGGAAGGAUGUACCAAUGGAAGCUGCUGAAUCACGUAUCGCGCGAUCAUCACAUGACCCUGAAGCCCGCACAUCUAUCGUACAAGUGCACCGUGUGCACGGCCACCUUUGGGAUGUACAAACAGUUCGAGACACAUGUGUAUACCGCCCACAGCACUGUGGCCAGAAAGGCGAUGGACAGCAAGAAGAACAGUGCGCAGUCCAGCGGAUCCUCCUCUGCGUCUAUAUCGCGUUCCCUGGGCGCUGCCAACGACUCGUUGCUGAAGCCGCUGAAGAUCAACGAUGAGAUCACCAUCAUACCACAACCCGCAUCGAAGCCACGCAUCACAAAUAUGGAGAGUCAUGUUAUAGAUUAAACAGAGCGUGUUGGAUCAACCAAAUACCUAUUCUCGCAUAGUUUUCAGCAUUGGCAGGCGCUUUAUCAUUAGGUUUAGUUUUAUAAGCAGAUCUGAUGUGUGAACCGUGACCUCGUCCGCGUUUCCAUUGCGAUGUAGUGUACGGGUCACAUCCAUUUAGUGUGUUAAGCCGAAAGUGUAUAAAAGUAUAAGGAACAAGCGUUGGUAACCUUCCCUUCCCUUCCCUUAAACCGGAAUAAACUAAAUUAAAUUAUGCUACAGUUAAAUCUUUCACACCAGCUAACCAGCUACAGGAUACACUACACGAUAAAUGAUAAAAGAUAAAUCAGAUAUACAAAUACAGAUACUAUUGUAAUUACGGAUUACGGAUUAUAUAUGUACGUUUUGGAAUGGAGUGUGCACAUAAGUUGAAGUUGUAGCUACUACUAAUAUAUAAUAUAUAUACGAUGAUAGACCACAUACAUAAAUAAAUACGAGUACAUUUAGCUGUAGACUAUAUAGU